AUUAGUUGUGACGUCAACCCAAGGCAACAAACAUGGCGGCGCGCAUGAGUAGCGUGAGUCGGGGGUUUAUGUUCACCUCAGAACCGGGAUCAGCGCUGCUGCGCGGGUGUAGAAGCGUAAUUGUAAGUUCGAGGAGGUUUAUCCGAGGACUCAGGCGGAGACCCGUGGCGGUGCUUUAUCCCGGUGAUGGUCGUGAAACUGUCAUUAAAGCACCUGGCCAAAGCGAGCAGCGCAGACAUGAUCCCGAGACACAGAAGAAACAUCCAGACAAGACAGAUGCACGGGGAAUUAAAGACAAAUCCUCGGAGUCGGGACAGACACGCGUGGGUGCUGGAAAUCUGCCCCGAGUCGCGGUUGAGAGGUGCAGUGUGAGGGAGCAGCUCGGGGGUUUGCGGUUCGACAAAGCUCUUCCUGGAGACAAGAGACUUGCGAAAAUGGUGAGCAUCGCCCGCUCCACAUCGUUCAGAGAGCAGGAGGGUAAAGUACUGCUGGAGGGAAAGCGUUUGAUCUCUGACGCCCUGGCUGCAGGAGCAUCUCCUCAGGUGCUGUUCUUCAGCAGACUGGAGCGCCUGCGGGAGCUUCCUCUGGACAAACUGGGCCAGGCGUCUUUGGUCAAGGUCAAAUUUGAGGACAUCAAGAUCUGGUCUGAUCUGGUCACUCCACAGGGCGUUAUUGCCAUAUUCUCAAAGCCAGCUCAAUCUCAGCUCACCUUCCCCAAAGAUCUUCGUCUCCAGUCCGUCCCCUUGUUCCUUAUUUGUGAUAACGUGCGAGACCCGGGGAGCCUGGGUACCAUCCUGCGCUGUGCUGCUGCAGCCGGGUGCGAUCGUGUCCUCCUUACUCAAGGCUGCGUGGAUCCGUGGGAGCCGAAGGUCCUGCGUGCUGCAAUGGGAGCCCAUUUCCGUCUGCCCGUAUUCUCUGGUUUGAACUGGGACUCUGUAUCCGAGCAUUUACCGACGCCUGUGAAUGUCCACAUUGCGGACGAUGCAAGCAGGAACACGAGGGGAAGUGACACAGAUGUACAAACAUCUGGAAAGUUUUGUGAUAAUGCCGUCUUGGAAGAGUACACAGAGUCAGACUCUGAUGAAUCUGAUGAUGAACUGUCUCUUCCAUGCAUAGAACCCAAGGUGUAUCACGAGAACUGGGCACAGAGAAACACCGCUCUCGUGAUUAGUGGUGAUUCACUCGGACUGAGCCUGGAGGCUCUUCAGCUGGCUGAGGAAACAGAUGGUUAUAAACUCAUUGUUCCUAGAGCUCCAGGAGUGGACGGUCUGAAUUCAGCCAUGAUGGCUAGUAUCCUGCUAUUUGAAGGGCGCAGGCAGUUAAUGAAAUUUACACAGAAAGCAAGAAGGGCAAAAUCAAGCAUCCGCUGAUCUGUAGUUCUUUAUUACAGCUCUAUAUUUUAAUGCAAUAUUAAACAGGCCAAGGCUUUGGAAUAAAAAGCUCUGUGCAACAUU